AUGCUGAAGUGCAGAGUCAGGUCAAGACUGGGUUUGUCUGAGCAGCUAGUGAGUAAGAGGGCUGUGACCAGGGCUCUGAGAAAUAGGGACAGGGGCCAUCCUGACAAAGAGAAGAAAGAACUGCCCGGGGAAGGUGAAGAAGCCCAGCAACAAACAUUAACAUUCCCCCUGCAGAACAGGCAUACAGAAACACGGAAGCAUGUUACACACAGCGCACUCUCACAGCAUGCACGCGUGCACACGCACACACACCUGCUCCGCUGCUAUCCUGUGCGAGGUCUCUGUGGCCCCGCUCUCUCAGGGCAUCUAGGAUCAACUGUUCUAAAUCCAAGCUCCCAGGAAGCGUUCCAGGGCUGGCCUGACUUGGAAUUUAAGCAGCAGCUCCGCCCUCCAUGGAGUGAGCAGUGGCCGGGGCUCCGGAUGAGGCGGGCCUGCCCCCUCGCGGCCACGGUGCUGCACGGCAGCUCUGAGGGCUCGCGAGCUGUGCAGCCGCCAGUCAGCUCCUCCCGAGGACGCAGGGAGGAGGCACAGGAAGAGAGUCGUUCAGUCCCCAAGUCCCAUCCCCUUUCCCUCCCCGACAUCUCUCCCAGUUGCCCAGCUCUGGCUCCGUCGAGCUGCCGUGGUCUGUUAGCUGGACUCUGCCUCCAGCUUCUGUGUGGAAUCCAGGCACCUCGCUGCAGGACACUCGUUGUCGAUCCUCUGCGAUCUCUAAUUAAGGCCCUGCUGAGCCUCCUGUUAAUCUGCAGGGAGGAUCCUCCAGCGGAGAGACACGCCCUUCCUGCAGAGGCGCACCGCCAGCCACCGGGGACCAGGCGGGCGGCGUUUCUCCCGACACGCCCGCCGGAGGAGGCGACGACCCUCCCUGCGCUCGCGCUGAACCCCUGUUGCUGAGCUGCAGUUCCGGAGGUGUCCUGUCGCUCAAAUGUGGGGACGCGGGGGAACGAUCCAGAAGGUAAAUUUCAAAGCAGGCAAAACCUCUUGGCCCUCCACAACCUGGCCUCAAGUUUCCCUUCUAGCCUUAGUGCUGGCCUAGAAUGAAGGGCUGGAAUCAGACCGCCUGGGUUACAAUGCCAGGUGGGCUAGGUUUUAGGCAGGUAACUGUAUGAAAGGCUCUCAAUUCUAAAUUUCUUUACAAGGUUGUUAUGGAGACUAAACGAGGUCGCCUGAAUAUCAAAUUUAGCACAAUGCUUGCCACAUAGUGAAUCAUCAAUGAAUGGCAGCUGUCAUUUUCCCUCCCGGGUUAGGAAAACAAAUGGCUUGCUCAUAGUUCUGAUACGGGCCUUGCACUGAAAUUCCCAUGUCUGCACCUUGGCUUUUGACACCGUUUGCCUGGAGCGUCCACUAUCACCACCUUGGUCAAAGCCACUGUCACCUCCUGCAAUAGAUUAAUUCACCUUCCUGCUCCCGCCCACAGUUAUGAUCUUUUAAAAUGUAAGUCAGAUUAUGUCACUCAUCUGCUCAAACCCCUAUUGCAGCCCCCGUUUCACUCGGUGGAAAAGCCAAAGCACUUACCAUGUCCUGGAGGCUCUACGUAAUCUGGCUUUUUCUCCUCGUACUAUUUCCCAUUGCUUUCUCCCUUGUUCACGCCAUUUCUUCCACAGUGACCAACUGCAUUUGCUGGAACACACCAGCAAUUUAUUGAUGGCCUUCGUGUUGGCUUUCCGUUCACCUAGAAUCUUUUCCUCACAUACCUGCGCAGCUCUUUCCCUUACUUUUCCAUGACUUUGCUCGGUCGUCACCUU